AACACUGAACACUCUUGGCAGCUAUUGACACUCACCUCUGGAAAUGUGACCCAGCUGAGCCUGAAGGCUCUGGUUUUCUUCCCUCAGGACUCUGUCCUCAUUGUAGAGCGGAGGUGUGGACUCCAGGCCCGGACUGGAGAAGGUCGAGGGGGAUCCUGACCCAGAGCAUGCAAGAAGGCAGGUUACACAGGAGCCUGAACUGAGUCCACACACUGAACUCACAGACCUGCAGGAGGAGAUGGAAGAAAGAAAAUCAGCAGGUUUUGAGGAUGAGAAGAACCCAAGUAAUGGCAGAGGAGGUGCUGUGCAAGAGAGAUUGCUGCAGUAGCAUCCAGGACUGUCAGUGGAAGUGGGGAAUGACAUGACACCACCUUUUGGACACCCAGCUGGCAAGAGGUGCAUCUGCCUCGGAGACACAGUGCCUAUCUCCAGACGAUCAUUUGUUCAGCAAUAGCCAUACCUCCUUUAUGCAUAAUCAUUCAAAAUAUAUGUCUUUGUCAUCAGAAAAAUAGAUAAUCAAAUUGUGCUAUACUCCUAAAACAGAAUAUCUCCUAGCAUAAGUAUACAACCAAAUGACUGAUGCAACCAAUUGCGAUGGAGCCUCAAAACCAGACACUGGUUGAAAGAACACAGAGAAAGGGACCCUCCUGCAUCUUUACAAUUCAGUGACACGCAAGAAUAAACAAAACUCAUCUGUGGGGAGAGGAUUCCGGCCCUGUUUGUCUGUGGAAGAUGGGAAUUGACUGGCCCUGGCUCUCCUGCCACGUGUCACCAUGGCAGUGUCUCUUGGCCCUUCAUCAGACUUGAGGGCACAACACAAACUCAUGCGAGAGAACCAGGAGCUUCAGCGGCAGCUGGCCCAGAGCAAGCAGGACUUCCGAGACCUCAGGGAGAAAUUCCUUGUAUCCGAAGCUACUGCCUACUCCCUGGCCAACCAGCUGCAGAAAUACCAGUGUGAAGGGCACAGAGACAUCAUUGAAUCCGUGCUGGGGGAGAAGCUAGAGUUUAAGGUGGUGAAGCUGGCAGAGAGGCUGGCAGAGGAUCCAGCGCUGGCCAAGAGGUUCCGGGAAUUGGAUGUCCUGAUUCACGCUCAGGCAAGAGAGCUGACCCAGUUACGGCAGAAGGUGAAGGAAGGGAGGGAUGACUGUGUCCUGCUCGUUCAGCACCUCACCGACCUCCUCACCCACAAAGACCUUGACAAGGACCAGGGGCAGGGCUUGCGAGAGCAGCUGACUGAGGGACACAAGCUGGCAGAGCGCCUCGCCCGCAAGUUCAGCCCAGAGAGUGAUGAAGACGAGAAGGAGGACGACGACGAAGCAGCAGCACUCACCCCCAGCGUGGAAGUGCAGGAGGUUGCAAAGGAGGAGGUGCUACAGGAAUCCCAGGAUGAAUGCAUUUCGACCCCUUCAAUGGUCCAGGAAAGGUCUGACUGCACCCAGCCUUCGGGUGAUGGCACAUGUGCAUCUGAUGAGCCAAAAGUUGGCCCUGCUGCAGAUGGAGCCUGUGCUGGCUCCCACGCCAAAGAGGAUGACGUUCCAACCCCUCACCCAGCAGAAAAUCAGAAUGGUCAUGAGGAAGUGGAUGGACAAGAGCCACUGCCCCCCAGCGCGGAGUUGCAGGAGGUUGCAAAGGAGGAAGUGCUCCAGGCGUUCCCAGAUGAAGCUGUUUUGGCUCCUUGCAUUCAGCAGGAAGGUUCUGACUGCUACCCGCCUUGCAGUGAUGGAAAACUGGCAUUUGAUGAACAGAAAAAGGGGUCUGCUCUGGAUGGAGCCUGUGGUUGCUCUCCUGCUGCAGAGGGUGAAAUUCCAGCUGGUCCCCCAGAAAACCCACAUGAUCGUAAUGGGGUGAAAGAACCAGAGCCACCUGUCCCCAGGCCUCCGUCCCCCACCAGGCUCCGCGGGGAGCUGCCGCCGAUGGCAGAGUGUGGUGUCCCACUGAACUCACUGGAUGGAAGCGCUUGGUCUUGCCCAGGUCUUCCCGACCUGUCGGACUCCUUCUGGCCUUACAGGAGUGCUGCCACCCUCUCAUUUGAGAACAUGGAUGUCCCUGAUGCUCACGAUGCAACCAGUGACACCUGGGGGGAUUGUCACAAAGUGCCUUUGAGUUUUGGAAGGCCAGAGAUGCAAAGUUCACAAGCUCAGCUGCAGACAAGCACCCAGGUGGCCAAUGAUCUGCAGCUGCCCCUCAGCCAGCAUUUAGAUCGUGGUGAUGGCAAAGCCAGGCUCCGCCUUUCCUCCAACAUCCAGGGCUUUACUGCCAACACUGAUACUGGGAACCAAGGGCCACUCUUCCGAGAGCUGGGUCUGGAUGCUUCCAUCGGAAUGAAGACCCCUCCCAAGCUGGAGGGUGAGGGCUCAGCUGCCAGCAGGCAGGAGUGUCACGUGUGUCACCACCUUCAUGCCUUAAGUUUCCUGAAAGAGAAGAUUAUCCAAAGAAAACUGCAGUUCAGCAAGUGGAGACUGGCCUGCAGAUUCCCUGGCCUCCUUGCUUAGGCUACCGAGGUAUCUGUUACUUCCAGAACGAAGAAGAGUUAUUGCCCAACCCC